AGGCCGGGGAGGGGCCGGCUGGGGCGGGCGGCGCUGGUAGCUGUCCUGGGUGUUGAAGCUGCUGCUGCCGGAUCUAGGGAGCCGCCGGGAAGCGAAGCCAGCCCGGACGAGGCAGCAUGGACUGAGCGCCGGAGGGAGCGGAGCGGACCGGGCAGCCGCCUGCGAUGGGCCAGGCAUGAUGGGGGCGCUCGGCUCCAUGCUCCCGCUGCUGCUGCUGCCGGUCUUCGCCGCCGCCCCGCACAGCCCGCUGCCGCGCGCCGGAGCCGCCGCCGAGGCCAGAUUCGGUUGCCUGUUUGAGGAUGACCUUUGCAAACCUUUUGAGAUCUGCAUAAAUGAUGGAGCAUUUGGGAGAUGUCAGCGGGUUCCGGUGAUAGAUGUAUAUAAAUACGAAAUUUCACCCCCCAUUCUUCAGCACCUAAGGAUCAUCUUAGAGAAGCUUUCACAUAGAGGUUUUACCUGGCAAGAUGAUUACAUGCAGCACGUUAUUGCCCUGGAACUCUCAAACAUUCAUAAAAUCCACCACUGGCGCCCUGAUUCAUUUAUAUCUGAUGGAUCUGACACACUAAGGACUUCAAAGCGGAGUGCUGCUGAUAAUGAAAGGAAUUAUGAGCUGGAAAAGGAUGUGGACUUGGCCAAGUCCCUUCAGCAAUAUCUGGCAUACCUAGGUAUUCUCUCGCAGUCUGCAGCUCCAAAUUUAUAUCCAAGGAUGAAGAAUGACAAAGCUUCUGUCAAGGAUAACAUCCAACCUGACCUCAUUAUAGACUACAUGAUGCAGAAGUCCAAAGGAAAAGCACCUGCUUUGACCCAUCAAAAGUAUGCUGAGAAUCCUGCAGUGAGGACCUUCAAUCAACCUCAGCUGGAGAACUUCCCGCCAGAGUCAAAUGCAGAACUCGACAGAAAUGCUCUGCUUUCUGCACUACAUGCCUAUGUCGCUCAAAAGAUGGCAGCACAGAACAACGAUAAAAGCUCCAUUGGCAGGACUAAAUGGUCUCACCUCUAUGCUAAUAGGUUCCGUUCAUCUCAGAGUGGCCAUUUUGAUGGAACCUUUGCCAAAGAAGAGACAGAAGAUUUUAAAAUGAAGCAGCCAUUCCUGCGGAGACCUGGAGCUGUAGUGCUGGGACCAAGUUCAGAGAUGCUGAGUUAUAAAUCUGCUUCUCCUCAGGGUGAUCUUAAAGAUCCUCUGAAUGCAGUGGAUGAAACAUUUAUUCAGGAUAUAUUGAAAGACCUGAAGAAACACAAGGUGAACGUGGAUAAUCUUAGCCCACUGGAGCUUGACGAGAUGGCUGAUAUUAUUGCUGACGCCAUUCAAGUUGUUGAUGUGGCAGAAGAAAAGCAAAAUGGAGCUGGAAAGUUUGAAGGAGAGAGAUCAAAAGCAGAAGUCAAGGAAGUGGAUGCACAAGGAGGAGCAGAUGAUGAGACUGGAUUAAUGGAUGCCAAUGUUAACAUACAAGAUAAUGGAGGACAUGAAGAAGAUGCCAGAGCUGAUAAAAAGGAGAACAAUUUGGGUGUAAAACUAAUGGACUUCUUGAAUGAGAAUGCAUUAACAGAAAAUCUGCCAGAUAAGCCUACUUCUGAAGAGUCCUUUAAGACUGAAACCAAGAAAUCAGAAGACUCAGAUUCUUCUUCCUCAGAAGAAGAAAUGAAGGUUGGUGUUGAAAAUGUAAAGAGUGAGACUUUCUCAAGGGAAGUGGCAGCUGAGAAGAAAACUGAAUCCGAACCUGACUCUAAGGAGCUGAAUGAGAUCCACUACUGGAUUAAGAAUUCUUUGAUGCGGGAUGAAAGUGCCUAUGAAGAACCUCAAAAAAAGAUGGGAGAAGGCCUACAGCUAGAAGUGAAGUCUUCUGAGGAGAAGGAAUAUGGCUAUAUUGUGACAGAGAAAGACCCACUGAAUGAGGAAAAGGGUUUGGAGUUAAUAAAGGAUGUGGCAGAUCUCCUGAAGCUGCAGAUGAGUGACUUUGACGAUGUCAACAUACGGGGAUCAGCUGUGACCUUCAAAAUGCACUCAAAUGUCCAAAAUAUUACAACUGCAGAUGUUGCCAAAGCAGCAGAUGUCAACAAAUACAAUCUUGAAAAAGCUACUGGACUGAAGAUUCUGCAGACUGGCGUAGGGGAGAAAAGCAAACUGAAGCUUCUCCCUUACCGCGCCGCGGAAGACGAAGACUCCACCAAAUUCAUCAUCCUCACCCUUCUCUCCAUCGCCUGCAUUAUUGGGGUCCUCGUUGUUUCUGGGGUCCUCUACUGCCUCCGCCAUCAGUCUCCUCACAGGCUGAAAGAGAAGCUGUCCGCCUUGGGCACUGACACCAGCUCAGAUGCCACUGCCGCUUACCAGGAGCUGUGCCGUCAGCGCAUGGCUGUAAAAUCAUCUGAUCGACCAGAGCUCCUGCACACUUCUCGCGUAAACAGUGUCUCAUCACAGUUUAGUGAUGGGCCCAUUGCCAGCCCCUCUACUCGGAGCAGCACCUCAUCCUGGUGUGAAGAACCAGUUCAGUCUAACAUGGACAUCUCCACAGGUCACAUGAUCCUGUCCUACAUGGAAGACCAUCUGAAGAAUAAAAAUCGUCUGGAGAAAGAGUGGGAGGCCCUUUGUGCUUAUCAAGCUGAACCCAAUGCUAUGACCAUUGCCCAGAAGGAGGAGAAUGUCCAGAAGAAUCGGUCUCAAAGUGUCGUAACGUAUGAUCAUUCCAGGAUAUGCUUGAAAGCUGAAAAUAGCCAUGACAAUUCAGACUACAUCAAUGCCAGCCCAAUUAUGGACCAUGAUCCCAGGAACCCUGCAUAUAUUGCUACUCAGGGCCCUCUUCCUGCUACUGUUGCUGACUUCUGGCAGAUGGUCUGGGAGAACGGCUGUGUGGUUAUUGUCAUGCUGACACCCCUUACUGAAAAUGGAGUCAAGCAGUGCUACCACUAUUGGCCAGAUGAAGGGUCAAACCUCUACCACAUCUAUGAGGUAAAUCUGGUUUCUGAGCACAUCUGGUGUGAGGAUUUCCUAGUGAGGAGCUUCUACUUGAAAAACCUACAGACCAAUGAGACCCGAACCGUGACACAAUUCCAUUUCCUUAGCUGGCAUGAUCAGAAAGUUCCUGCUUCCACAAGGUCACUUCUGGAUUUUCGCAGAAAAGUAAACAAGUGCUACAGGGGUCGUUCUUGUCCAGUAAUUGUUCACUGCAGUGAUGGUGCAGGAAGAAGUGGAACCUACAUUCUAAUUGACAUGGUUCUCAAUAAAAUGGCCAAAGGUGCUAAAGAGAUUGAUAUUGCUGCUACCCUGGAGCACUUGAGGGACCAGAGACCCGGCAUGGUCCAGACAAAGGAGCAGUUUGAGUUUGCAUUGACAGCAGUUGCAGAGGAAGUGAAUGCAAUACUCAAGGCACUUCCACAAUGAGCGGUUCCAUCUCCUUGAGGUUCCCUGAGGAUCCAUCGCUCAUUUCCUUAUUCUCAGUCCCUGUGAAUGUUGUUGGAAACCGUGACCUGACCUUAACUGUGUAUCUUCUAUUGUAACCACAUAGUAAUAGGGUCCUUACAAACUUCUAUAGCCAGUAAAAGUUCAACAGUUAAAAUGUGUAUUCUGCUUCUGUUUUUUAAAAUUUUAAAAAAGAUAUCUUGAAGCCUCGGAUUAAAUGACAGAACAAUCCAUCUAAUUCCUUUCACACCCUCAGAGCCCUGAAUUUCACACUUUGAAAGCACACGUUCAUGUUCUUAAUAGCAAAUAUACAGUAUUGUGGGUAAUUAGUGCAGUCAAUAUAUUCUCAGAAAAUACAGUGUUCUGUU